AUGGAGUUGCCUGUGCUUAGGGGUGUCGGCUCUCCGACAGCGGAGCCUGGCCGGACUGCGGGGCGUCGCCCUUGCGGCCGCCGCUCCGGAGACAGGGGAGACUCGCGGCCUCCACCAGGGUCACGCCGCACCUUCGGGCUCCAGCUCCCCCGCCGUCCCGCGGCCGCUCAGCCGGUGCGCGCCCCCCGCGCCCGCCCCCCGGCCUCCCCCCUGCACGCGGCUCCGCGGGGGCGUCGGGCCCGCACUUUCAAGCUCCUCUCCCCAUGCACGUGUCCCGCCGCGGACCCGAGGCCGCCCAGCCCCGUGCGCCCCUCCGCGACCCCCCCCGGCCUCACCCCUGCGCGCGGCUCCGCGGGGGCGUCGGGGAGGCGGGCCCACGCUUUCGAGCUCCUCCCCCGGUGCAGGUGUCCCGCCGCGGACCCGAGGCCGCCCAGCCCCGUGCGCCCCCAACUCCGCGCCCCCCCCCCGGCCUCCCCCCUGCACGCGGCUCCGCGGGGGUUGUCGGGGAGGCGGGCCGGCACCUUCGGGCUCCAGGUCCUGGUGCUGGCAGGUGUCCCGCCGCGGACCCGAGACCGUCCAGCCCGGUGCGCCCCUCCGCGACCCCCCCCCCCGGCCUCACCCCUGCACGCGGCUCCGCGGGGGCGUCGGGCCCGCACUUUCAAGCUCCUCUCCCCAUGCACGUGUCCCGCCGCGGACCCGAGGCCGCCCAGCCCCGUGCGCCCCUCCGCGCCCCCCCCCGGCCUCACCCCUGCGCGCGGCUCCGCGGGGGCGUCGGGGAGGCGGGCCGGCACCUUCGGGCUCCAGGUCCUGGUGCUGGCAGGUGUCCCGCCGCGGACCCGAGACCGUCCAGCCCGGUGCGCCCCUCCGCGACCCCCCCCCCGGCCUCACCCCUGCGCGCGGCUCCGCGGGGGCGUCGGGGAGGCGGGCCCACGCUUUCGAGCUCCUCCCCCGGUGCAGGUGUCCCGCCGCGGACCCGAGGCCGCCCAGCCCCGUGCGCCCCCAACUCCGCGCCCCACCCCCGGCCUCCCCCCUGCACGCGGCUCCGCGGGGGUUGUCGGGGAGGCGGGCCGGCACCUUCGGGCUCCAGGUCCUGGUGCUGGCAGGUGUCCCGCCGCGGACCCGAGACCGUCCAGCCCGGUGCGCCCCUCCGCGACCCCCCCACCCCCCCGGCCUCACUCCUGCGCGCGGCUCCGCGGGGGCGUCGGGGAGGCGGGCCCACGCUUUCGAGCUCCUCCCCUGGUGCAGGUGUCCCGCCGCGGACCCGAGGCCGCCCAGCCCCGUGCGCCCCCAACUCCGCGCCCCACCCCCGGCCUCCCCCCUGCACGCGGCUCCGCGGGGGCGUCGGGGAGGCGGGCCGGCACCUUCGGGCUCCUCUCCCCCGUGCAGGUGUCCCGCCGCCGACCCGAGCCGCCCAGCCCCGUGCGCGCCCCUCGCGCCUCCCCGCACCCCCCUCUCCCCUCCGCGCUGCUCCGCGGGGGCGCCGGGGAGGCGGGCCGGCACCUUCGGGCUCCUCCCCCCGGUGCUGGCGGGUGUCCCGCCGCCGACCCGAGCCGCCCAGCCCGGCGCGCCCCCCCCGCCCUGCACGCGGCUCCGCGGGGGCGUCGGGGAGGCGGGCCCGGGGACGCUCGGAGGCGCUCGGGCGCGGCGCCCCCUGCCGGCGCCCUGCUGCCUCGCCCCGGAUCCGGUCCGGGCGGCGCGGGGACUCCGGCCCGGGAGCCAGCGAGCGCGGGCGGGCAGGCGGGCAGGCGGGCAGGCGGGCGGCGCGGCGCGCUGCGGGCGAGCGGGCGAGCGGGCGCGUCCUGCAGGGUCCGGCCGCGCCUCCCGGGCCCCGCGCUAGGGCCGCCGCCGCCGCCGCCGCCGCCCUCGCCGCCGCCGCCGUAA